UGCUAUAGAAAUUUUGGUUGAUUUAAUUUGGAAAUUGCUGAAGUUUGGGUUGAUUUUUGUUGGAAAUUGAUGAAAAUUUGGGAUGAUUUUUGUUGGAAACUGUUGAAGUUUGGGUUGAUUAAAUUUGGAGAUUGCUGAAGUUUGGGUUGAUUUUUGUGGGAAAUUGCUGAAGUUUGGGUUGAUUUAGGUUGGAAAUUGUUGAAGGUGAGUCUUUUUUGUUAUUACUGAAGUGUUGAUAAUGAGGGAGAGGAGGUUUGGAGGAGAUGCUAGAGGUCCACCACCACGUUUACCGGAAAGGAGAAAGGAUCGUGGUUACUCGCCUCGACAGAGGCCGACUAGGAACAGGGAUUAUUCGUCUCCACGGAGGGUUAGGGAUGGGGAUUACUCGCCUCGAAGGAGAAUAAGGGGGGAUAAGGACUACUCGUCUCCUCGGAGGAUAAGGGGCUCGCCCCCAAUGAGGAUUCAAGAGCGGAGGAACUCGCCACCGAGGAGGUACCAGGGUCGUGAAUACUCACCCGUGGCAGCAACUAUUCGAAACCGGGAUCGCGAUCGCUCACCACCAGUAAGGAGUCGGAACCAGGAAUACUCGCCACCAGGAAGGAACAGGAACAGAGAGAUUUCGCCACCGGGAAGGACUAGGAACUGGGAGCAGCAGCACUCACCACGUGGACGGAGUAGGGAGCAUCACCUGUCACCAAGUGGCCAGAUGAUUGGUGAACAGCGGGCUGAGUACUUUCACGAGCUUGAGAGGUCGAGAAAGAUGGGAAUUGAUGGUGUUGGAGACUUUGGAGAGUUGCAGAAUGCCCGACCCUUGAAUUAUGUUGGUGGAGAUAGAGACUACGGGCCAUCUCAGAGCUUGAGAAUCCCUGAUCGUGAUAGAGGAAACACUGAGAUGCUUGGUGAACAUUCACAGAGGUUGCAUGAGAUAAAAGAGGGCUUAGGGAAUGAGGACUCAACUUCUGUAAACUACCCAUGGAGUCAUUUGUUAGAUAAGCCCAGAAAGGGCUCCAGAGACUAUGGAAUUAGUGGUAGUAGAGUAAGCAGCGAGAGAGACAACCGUGGAAGGCCCUAUUCGGGUUUUGUGGAUGGUAGCAUAUCUUCAGAAGCUGAUAAGAGGAUGUUGUACUCUUCAUAUGAGUCUCCUUUGCCUAAUGUUGGUGUACAGCCAAGAAUCCCUGGCGUUGGAAAUAGUGGCAGCUACCCAUUGCCAUCACGUUAUUUGGAUGCUGAUCACAUCAAAGAUGAGGAAAUCCAUUUACAAGACGGGUUCCAUUCCCAUAAAGCAGCAGGAGGAGGAGUGCCAGCAUCAACGGACCCAUACAUGGAGGACCCCUUGAAGUCCACGCGAUAUUCAGAAUUCAAUCCUGAUUACAUGGUAUCGUCGUCUCACCCUGACGCGUUGCCCUUGGUACCUGGAGUUAUUAAGGAUGAUAUUGCCAGUUCAUAUAGUAAAGAGGUCCAAAUUCGAUCUCAUGGAAAUAGACUGAAUAGUGGAAACGCUAUUGAGUCUAUUGGCCAUGACGGAUAUGAUAAAAUUCCCGGGACCAUAUCUUCUCUGAACCCUGAAAAGCAAGUAAGUGGAUUCAGGAACUACUCGGAGUCAUACUUUGAUCGAGCAGGGGAAAGGCGUGAAACAUACAGUUAUUCUGACAUUCAAAGAGGUGAAGUUGGUAGUCCCAAUGCCCUGCCUAGUGAAUUCUAUGGGAAGAGGGUGGGUUCAGGAGAAGCGCAUUUUCAAGAUGUUCCAAGAACUAACAUGGGAUUGGGCAAAUAUGAUGAAUUUUCUCAUCGGGAGACUUUAAUUGAAGAUAAGCCACGGGGAUCUCUUUUUACUUCUCAAAGGCGGUCAACGCCAGAUUAUUUUGAGUCACGCAGAGCAGUAGACCCAAGAAAGCCAGAUGUGGACAUAUUGGAUUAUGGGGCUAAUCGCCUUCAGUAUGAAAAUGAAACACAUCGAGGCUAUGAAAGCUCCCGUAAAAGAGAGCUUCAUAAGUAUCAGAUAGAUGAUGAUCUUCUAGAAAGAUCUGAUGCCUUGUAUAGAGAAUAUGACCCCCGUUUUGAGAAGAGAGAGGCACGUUCUCGUGAAAGAUUUAUUUCAAGGGACUUGCCUGGACCAUCUAAUCUCUCUCUUAGAGAAAAACAUCGCUCAACGGACAAUCGUGGUGCUGGAAUUAUGAUUUCAAGUGAUGUAAGGAGUGCACACAAAACCCAUGACCGUGGAGAUGCUGAUGAAAUGUGGAUCAGUAGGGAUAUAGAUUCUGUAGUUAUGUCUAGAAAGCCAAAUGUUCCCCGCUCCAAAUAUGUGAAGAGUGGUAGGCCAUACAAAGCUGCUGCCACCACUAGUUCCACAAGAAACCUUUCAGUGUCCAUGUCGAGUCGUAUAAGCAAAUUUAGUAAAUCUGGUGGAAGAGAUAUAAAGAAGCGGUUGGGGCCUCGUUCCCAGAAUCUUGAUAUUGAACACCCACUAGGAACAAAAUAUAAACCUUCACUGAAGAAGCGUUUGGGACCCCGUUUAGUGAAGAAUCAUGCUCCUCCACCAUGGGUGAAAAAGGUCAAUUCUCGCAAGUCCUCUAGAAAUCAAGAUGGUUUAGAUGAAAGUGUUGCUGAACAAGGUGAUGACAAACAAGGUAUUAUUACUCCAGCAAAAACUGAACCUCCAGAGAACUCUAAGGAUUUUAAGCAGCUGGUCCAAAAUGCCUUCUUCAGGUUCGUGAGGCACUUGAAUGAGACUCCAGCUAAAAGAAGAAAAUACAGUGAGCAAGCUGGUAGUUUAAAGUGCAUCGUGUGUGGCAGAGAUUCGGAAGAGUUUCUAGACUCAGAAAGCCUCGUGCGUCAUGCUUUAACAUCCUCUAAGGCUGGUCUCAAAUCACAGCACUUGGGUCUUCACAAAGCUUUAUGUGCUUUGAUGGGAUGGAAGAGUGCAGAUGCUCCUAACGGUAGUUGGGUUCGUGAAAAGCUAUCGAAUGCUGAAACUGUUGCUUUGAAGGAAGAUCUAAUUAUGUGGCCUCCAGUUGUUAUAAUCCAUAACAGUUCCAUAACUAGCAGCAAUGCGGAUGAGCGUGUGGUUGUAUCAGCUGAAGAGCUUGAGUCUAAGCUGAGAGAUAUGGGCUUCGGGGAGAAGGCCAAGGUCUCUCGUGGUAAGCCUGCAAAUCAGAGUAUCCUUAUGGUGAAGUUUAGUGCUACUCUCUCAGGUUUGGAAGAAGCAGAAAGACUGUGUGAUAUAUAUGCCCAUAGGAAGCACGGGAGGGCGGAGUUCCAGCGUAUCAGUUCCGAUCACUCUGGUAGCAUUGAUGAUGAAACUAAAGAACCGUUGACAGACCCUGUAGGAAAAAUUCUAUAUGGUUACCUUGGAAUUGCCGAAGACCUGGAUAAAGUAGAUUUUGAGACGAAGAAACGAAGUUCGGUGAGGAGCAAGAAGCAGAUUAAGGAUAUUGCAGUUGCACCUUAAACAAGAAGACCGAGUUUUAGCUUGGCAGGGCAAAAAUAUGUGUUUAGAAUUAUAGCUAAGGUACUUUGGUUUUUGCUUGUAGCUAAUUAUGUUUUGCUAUCUAACUUGAUGAAAGUAGAUACACACGAAGUAUGUUAAUCACAGGUUUGGAAAUGGUUAUAUUUUUAAUAUUUUUUGCCCAUUCUUGCUUAUA